AUGGCCUCGAUUUGGACAGUGCUAAUAGCUUUAGUGGUUGCAUAUGCCAUCAAGGCUUUUCUCCGCCCGAAAAGCAAGAAAAAAAGCCCUCCCGGCCCGAAAGGCCUUCCCAUUCUAGGGCAUUUCCAUCUACUCGGGAGCAGUCCCCACCGCGACCUUCUUAACCUAGCCCGAAAACACGGCCCGAUAAUGGGCAUCCGCUUUGGCUUCGUCCCUACCGUGGUGGUCACCUCUCCCUCCGCGGCCGCCCUCAUCCUGAAGAGCCAUGAUCACGUGUUUGCCAGCCGCCCCAAAAAUGACGCUGCAAGGUAUAUUGGCUACGACCAGAAGAACCUGGUGACAGGCCCGUACGGGCCAUACUGGCGCAACAUGCGAAAGCUCUGCACGUCGGAGCUGCUGAGCAGCCACCGAAUCACGCAUUUCCAGCCCAUGCGCAACGCGGAGAUUGCGCUGAUGAUCGGGGGGCUCAAACAGGCCAACAAAGCGGUCGAUCUAAGCGCGAGAAUUUCCACUCUGAGUGGAGACAUGAAUUGCUUGAUGGUGUUUGGGAGGAAAUACUCGGAUUUGGAGGAAAUCGGGUUCAAAUCCGUGAUCUCGGAAACAAUGGAGCUCGCAGCCCGAUUCAAUCUGGCCGAUUAUUUCCCUUACGUCGGCGCUCUUGAUCUUCAGGGAAUCAACCGCAGGUUGAAGCACCUUAGCAAGGUUUUUGACGGGAUAGUCGAAAAAAUCCUUCUCAGCCACGUCGAGAAGCAGAAAGACAAAGACGACGAGGAUUUUGUCGAUACCAUGAUGUCCAUUCUUAGAUCCGGCAGCGCUGGAUUCGAGUUCGGUAGAACCCACGUCAAGGCCAUUCUUCUGGACCUGCUUAUUGCAGGGACGGACACGUCCUCAACCGCGAUCGAGUGGACGAUGUCAGAGCUGAUAAGGCAUCCAACGGUGAUGAAGAAGCUACAGAAAGAAAUUGAAGCAGUGGUGGGGCUGGACGGGACGGUGGACGAGUCGCACCUCGACAAACUCGAUUACUUGUACAUGGUGCUCAAGGAGACCCUCCGCCUCCACCCCGUGGCGCCACUGCUAAUCCCCCACGAGUCGAUGGAGGAUUGCGAGGUCGAUGGCUACCACAUCCCUAAGAAAUCUCAGAUAAUCGUGAACGCGUGGGCUAUCAUGAGAGAUCCGAGCAUCUGGCCCGACCCUGAUGCCUUCAAACCCGAGAGGUUUUUGGAGAGAGAUAUAGACAUGAGGGGGCAGGAUUUCAGGCUCAUACCGUUUGGUUCGGGCAGGAGGGGCUGCCCCGGGAUGCUGCUGGCUCUUACGGUGGUCAGGCUGGUGGUGGCGCAGUUGGUGCAUUGCUUCGAUUGGGAGCUCCCCGAUGGGAUGGCGCCCGAUGAUCUUGACAUGUCGGAGCAUUUCGGUAUAGUCACUAAUAGAGCUAAGCCUCUCAUGGCUAUUCCCCGUUAUCGCCUGCGCAUCUGAUUCUACUGUUCCCAAACUAAGAUAAUAUGUAUGCUACUGUAAAAUUUGGAUUUCGUUUGUCAAUAAAGAGAUAUAAAUAAAUAUUCUACGUGUGA